AGUGCGCAUGCGGGUCGUCGUGGAAACUGGACUCGGAAGUGAGCAUAUGGGUAUUAACUCAUAGACGUGGUAAACACAACAUAAACACGGUGUUGUAGGUGUGAAUACGAACAAACUGUGAACAUGGCACACACCGUCAUAUCUCCUUUAUAUCCUCCACAAAUAGAUCCAACACGGACUCCAUAUGCAUUUGGCGAUAGGGCUUUACCGAGACUCAACCGUGAACUAAAUGACACCAACUUACUCACAAGACAGAGGGCUGUUAUGUCAUUAUGCGAGUAUUUACACGACCCUGAGCACAUUGCUGAAGCACUUCGAUGUGGUAUUGCAGAAAGUUUGAAGAAGCUGCUUACGGAUGAGGAUAUCACUGUCAGGCAAAAAGCUACAGAAUCUCUAUAUGUGAUUGGUGGUCAUGCCAUUGGACGAGAUGCCUUUCUUGAACAUGAAAUUAUUAUCCCUAUAUCAAAGUUGUUCGACGAUAAAGAAGAUGCUUCAAGAAAAAAUGCUCACUUGGCAAUUCAAAUGAUAUCAGAAACACCUCCAGGAGCAGAAGGCAUAGUGACAGCCAAGUUAAUUCCAAUUUUAGUGAAGAAAUUAUCUCUUGAAUUAGAGCAGAUUAAGGUGUGUAUACUGGACACACUGCACUACUGUAUGAGGGUGGACACAGAUGAAGCUCUCAAGGCCAACGCCAUGGAAACCUUCACAAAACUUGCUGACCACCACUCACCGGUCAUUCGAGCCAAAGCAGCUAGAGACAUCAUGGAUCUGAGUGUACCAUUGGACGGGAAGAACAAAGCGGUGGAAGUGAAUACUGUCCAGGCUCUGGUCAAGCUUUUAUCUGACCUAAUACCAGAUGUGAGGGCUAAUGCUGCAGGUGCCCUGAUGACUAUUACUAUAACCACAAAAGGGAAGUACACUGCAAUCAAUGACGCCAAGGCGAUAGAACCCCUAGUAAAACUGGUAGAUGAUGAUACCAGUGAGGUGCGACUCAAUGCUUUGAAGGCUCUUACCUGUUUGUCUGAGGCUCCAGAGGGAAGGAAGGUUUUACUAAGCCAUGUUGACAAGAUCAAAGCUUGUAUGUUGGACCCUAUACCAGCGGUUGUCAAGGCAGCCACUAUUGCUGUCAAGGUCAUCACAUGGAAGCCAUGAAAACAGCACCAAUUAUUAGCGAAUCGUGAAAACCAGUGGAUAUGUACUGAUGUCUGUUU